UUCUAGCGUCGGCCCAUUAAGUUGAAGCAAGUCAACAUGAGGCUGUGUGCCGGUUGACCUAUAUAGGCAGUUCGCGGCGUCGCAGAUGGUCCACCACAUAUCGAGAUUCCCGUUUGGGGGUCCAAACUGUACUUCCACUCCCCUUAAUACCUACCGCCAAGAUGCGUGUCCUUCUAGUCAGGCACGGGAAUUAACGAUCAUUAGAUCUUCCCCAGAUCACCUUACUCGAUAGUUAAGCGAUUGCUCGUUAGACAAUAGCGAUAGCCUAUCCUGAUCUAGUACCCAUGUUACACCCUAGACGGCGAAGUUAUUUUUGCCAUCUAGCACGCUACGCUACGUUACUUUCUUUGCCAGCCUUCUCGGCGUUAGAAUCCUAUAGACCUCUAACGAUGAAUUUUGAGCUGGCUAUACCCUGUCCUACGUCCGUAGGCGGCCCAGCAGCAAGGUCAGACGGCUUGGCGUAGCCCCGUCUUCCCAUCGUCGAGUCCGUAUAUAACACCAAGGCAGACGGCCGUAUCGAUGAUCGGCGGAUAGUUCAACUUGUGUUUCUUCGUAGGGUUUUUUCUUUUCCGUCUUAGACACUCAUUUCAUAGUCAUUCGGCUCCAUUGGUUUUGCGUUCAUUAUUAGAGAUCCGGAAUCCUUCCCUUCUUUUUUUCUUUUUACUGUUUCUAUCGCAAACAUGAAGACAUCAUCAGUUCUCUCUUUAGCGGCUCUGUCCGCAACGGGCGUCGUGGCUAAGCCGAUGCCUGUGUGGACGAACGAGGUAGCGCCGCGGGACAUCGACGGUAUAAAAUCGAUUGUUGGAAAGGUCUCCGAUGCCAUCGCGAAACUCGAUGGAUCAGUUAAGGCCUUCGAUGGCUCUGACAUUAAAGGUGUAGAGAACAACGCGAAGGACCUCGUCAAACUUCUCACGGAGGGUGGAAAGGAGCUAACCAGCGGCGACGGUGAGCUCUCGUUGGUCGACGCGAUAGGGCUGACGGAAGUCGUGACACCGCUAGGUCCCGCGGCCGAGGACCUGCUCAAGGAUGUGACGGACAAGAAGAAGGAAUUCGAGAAAUGGGCUCUGUGCUCCAUCGUUGGUGGUGCCGUUCAGGAUAUCGGUGGUGCUGCUAAGUCUCUCGUCGACGGUGUCGUCAACCAGGUCCCCGAGGCGGGACGUGAUAUCGCACAGGACGUUGCCGACCAGGUCGUGAACAAGCUGUCCAGCCUAGUCGGCGAAUUCGCCCCCGACAAGUGCAAGGACGCGAAGGAAACCCCCAAGCCUUCUGACGACAGUUAUGUCACCAUGGAGACUACCAUCACAACCACCACUCCUUGCUCAACCCACCCUACAGAGACUCCUACAGAGACUCCCUCUACUACGCCGUGUGACGAAAACACAACCGUGGAGAUCACCAUAACCACCACGACACCUUGCAGCUCUACCGAGACCCCCGAAGAGACUACCCCGCCGAAGGACACUCCCAAGGAGACACCACCUCCUAAAGACACCCCGAAGGAGACUCCACCACCCAAAGAGACUCCCAAGGAGACACCUAAGGAAAGCAGCACUUCGUCAAAGGAGACCCCCACUUCGACUUCUGAGACUCCUAAGGAGACGCCGAAGGAAAGCAACCCUCCUAAGGAUACUCCCAAGGAGAGUAACCCCCCGAAGGAUACUCCUAAGGAGACCACUCCUCCCAAGGAAACCCCCAAGGAGACCCCACCGCCCGAGGACACUCCUAAGGAGACUCCCCCCACCGUCAUUAAGAGCACCGUCACCGAGACUGCACCCUGCUCAUGCGAGACCGACUCUUCCACCACCCCCGUCGAGAUCGUCACCGUCACAACUACGCCGCCCUGCUCGACUUCUUCCAUGACUACUUCUUCCGUGGUCACCCCGCCUCCGCCACCCCCAGCCCCCAUCACCACCCCGAUCGUCAGCGCAAACACAACCACCACACCCAGCCCCACCGGCUCAAUCUCUAAGCCGGCCAUUCCCAUCGCCACAGGCGGCGCCGUCGCUCAAGUAGCUAGCAUGGGCGCUACCGGCUUAUUCGCCGUUCUCGCCGCUAUCUUCAUGCUAUAAACUCCAUAUAUACAUCCAUCCAUGCAUAAACGCAUGAACAUAUAUAUACCCAGCUCGUUUCCUUUUGUCCCAUUUAAAAAAGUUCGCGGGCGCGGUUAGGAUGAAUGAGUUAGCGGCAAGGCGGGGGGAGGACGAGUAAUGGCUGGUUGAUUCUAUAGACGAACGGACGUAAACGACGGGUUUGGUGAUGCCACGGCUGCAUGAAGCUGCAUCUUAUUGUCUGUUAUAUUUAGGCUUUUGGUUUGUUUCUUUGCUAUUCUUCUCCCGGUGUUUUGCGGGGCUGGCGGACCCGGCUAGUAUUGAUCAACUUAUUAUUAUUAUCAGUGUAUAUAGUGUAAAUAUAACGUUUGAUGUA